UAAUAAUAAUAAACGGAACCUCGUUAACAGACACUUGACGGUAGGAUUAUAUCGUAUUUACUAACUAUACCUUGCGGUUACAGUGUAGACGUUCUAAAAGUGGAGGGCACAACAUAGAAUUUCAAAAAAUUAUGGGUUAAAAUGUAGAAUUUUUUUAAAAAAAAAUUAAAUUAAAAAAUAAAAAAUAAGACAGUUAGCAAAACGAACAAGUGUCCAUCACCUUCUCAUUCCACAUAACAAAAAAGAACGUAUAAAUACCAAUACAAAAUUACAAAUACGUUCAAAGUUCCCAAAAUCUCUCAAACACUCACUUGUCUUUCACUCUUUCACCUUCCACCACUCAACCAAAAACACAAAAUGCAAAUCCUCCAAACAACAUUCACCCUUCCAAAACCCCAAUUUCCCCACACUCAACUAUCCUCCUCCAAUUCAAUCUCCCCACUCUCUCUCCUCCCUCACCUCUCCACCCUCUCCCUUCAUCACCGCCGUCCACCAACCACUCUCAUCCGCAUGGGCGGAGGCCCAAGAACCUACCCGGGCGGCGUCUCGAAAUGGGAAUGGAAACGAAUGCAGGCAAAGAAAGCCAAGCAACUCCUCAAAGCCCGCCUCUCUCGCGAGCGUCAGAUCUACGAGAUGCGUAAGCGUGCUGAACUAAAGGCCGCUGUAUCCGAUCUUGAACGCCCUUGGGAGGUUGUGCAGAAGGGUGCUCCUAAAAGCUCAUCUUCGAUUUUCUCCGUUUCGGCUGAUGAACAGGUUAAGGUUUUAGCUGAUAGGUUUCAGAAACCUGGUGGUUUUGAUAUGUGGUCUGAAAAUGAUGGCCCUCAGAUUUUUCAUACUCAUGAGAAUUUGCCCUCUGCUAGGUUUUUUCCUAAGGGGGUUGUUCAUAGCGUUAAGCCGUAUGGUAAUUGCAUCGAUGAUGGGUUUAAUUCCAGUGGAAAUGGGAAAUCGAGUGUCGGGAAUUCGAGCUCAAAGGGUGGAAUUCGGAAGCAAAAGGAGCUUCGUGGCUGCGAUGCGGGUUCGAAAUCGAGUGUCAAUUCCCGCGCGAAGGGUGGAAUUCGGAAGUUGCAGGGUGAUGGAAUUGAGAAGAAUUUGAUGAAUGUGAGGAGAGAAGAGGGUAAUGAGGAAGCGAAUUCGAAACCGAGGAAUGAUAAAAUUAAAGGGUAUGGAAGACGACGUACAAAUUCGAAAAUUUCUUAUGGUGAAGAGGUAUAUGAUAUGAGCUUGCAAGGUGAUGGAAGUUAUGGUUUUAGUGGUAGCAAGAAAGAUGAUAAAUUGAGGAGAUAAAAUAGGUUAUAUGUGAUGUACAUAAGAUUUUUUUUGUUUUUAUUUGAUAAUAUUGGUGUAUAUUUGUACUAUGUUAGUAUGUUUGACUUUAAAAGUGAUGAAUGAACUAAAUUGAACCAAGCUGAAAAUGGACUUUCACUACCUAAAUAAGUAAAAGUCUUGUUUACUACG